AUGACUUCUAGCCCAGAAGCCUCCAUUAGACUGAUCAAGUUCUCGGCUGCAGCGCUGGCUGCCGAAGCGCGUGGAGCCGGAGACCUAGGAGAGCGCCAGAGCUUGGGAGCGGGGGCCCAGCGGCGGAGAGAGAGAAGCCCGGACCCACCGGCAGAGCCGAAAACAAGUGUCUCUCCUUCCUUUUCCUCCCCUCUUGCCGGUCCCCUCCCCCACUGCUACGCCGGGAGAGUUGGGCCGGAGAAGUUUCCGUGCAGGAGCCCAAACUUUCUACUUCCAGCGAAAGCCCGCGUUGGAGGGCGACGGUCCGCGAGCCGCAGCAGCGCAGAGCUCCGGGCGGGCGCCUGGCUCUGCACCAGCGCAAGUGCGGCUGGAGCUCUGGGAUAUCAGCUAGGCUGCUGGAGUCCCUGCAAACCGUGGCUCUCCGCUGCAGCGUCUCCAAAGGCUCGCGGUCAGCGGGAAAGGACGAAGAGGCUCCGCCGUGCCCCAGGCCGCGGAGAGCAACCACCGGCGAUGCUUUUGUCCAGCCAGGGCCGACCAAGCGCGCAAAGAGCGCCCAACCAGCCUACUCUCUGCGCCGCCUCCCGCCAGCCCGCGCUCCGGCUUUGUGCAAGAUCCUCCGGGGCACAGAACUGCCCGAGGCACUCCAGCGCCAAAGGGUCAUCGCGCCCCGGGCCGGCGGAGCCGACUCGCUGGGCACCGCAGCCGCGCGCUAGAGGCUACAAGAAACCCGGAGCGGGCGCGAGCCGUGAAGGGAAGCCACUAGGCCGAGGCGGUCGGGUGCGCUCUCCGAGGGAGCUCCGAGCUAGCCUAUCCCAAGGACUGCCAGCUUCCAUCCAGCCCCCAGGGCCUUCGCCUUCAGUCUCACUCAAGGGCGGAGCUCGGACUUGGAAACAAACGCUCGGGCUCUCCAGGCUUUUCACAACUCUAUCUUGCGAAAGUUGGGGUGUUCCCUGUCCAGUGGACUCCCACCUCCGACUCUUGGCAGAAGACUUUAACUAGGGAGGAGCAGAUGUGUGAGACCUUCUAUUCUAAGACUGGACAUAUAUCCCAGUUUCCAGAGCCCCGUAUUCGAGCCCCGUGGGAUCCGGAGGCCGCCAGCCAGCGCCAGCAUGCAGAAACAGUAAGUGUCUCAGGUCUUUCGCUGGACUUUUGGGCUGGAGGCAUGCAGAUCGGUUGGUUAGGGGAGCCCACAGAGUCUUGGGCCCUGCAGAGUCCAAGCCACCGGGCAUGAGGGAGGAGGCCUGGGACCUAUUCCGGCGGCACUGGGUGAGCGCCAAGUAGCCCGCGAGGGAGGGCAGGGAGGAGUUUGCUUUGCUAUACUCCUGAAGGGCAGAGGCUGGGGCCCUUCAAAACUACUCGCCCGAGUUUUUGAAGCUGUGGUAAAGAAACCCCACCCCCACCCCCAAAUCUUGUAACUCAUACCCCCUCCCCGCCCCUGCCCGGGCUCUGACCCCAGAGAGAGGGGCUGGGCCGAGCAGGGCGGGGCAAAGGCUUCUCCUGAGAAGAGAAGG